UAAUUAAUUAACGGUACAAAAUAGUAAUUAAUUAGCCCAAUCACAAGUUUCGAAGCACCCAAGUCCUUCWAUAUUGUCCCAUUCGGGUCAUUGUUUUUUGUCAGCUGGCGUGCUCAGAAGCUAAGUCUUGUUAUUGUUCAAUGCGGUUUUUUUCCUCUUCAAGGGAACACACUAUUUGAAGAUUACACCUCUAACAAAGUGAUAAUUUAUGACACACGAUUUCUAUUAGAAACAAGUUCACAAAGCUUUCUUUCGGAGCUGUUGGGAGGUUUGGUCGAUCACAUCCUUGAGUCACUUAAUUGUGGGUGGUGCUUGGUUGUUCUUGACCCUAGAGACAAGAGCUUGGACACGACCAAAGAUGAUUUUAUGAGAAGCAUUCAGGUUCAUUGAACAAACAGAAAACACUUCACACUCAUUCGCAUUCAACCCGCAGCCAGAAUCGCGUACGUUACAACCGACAAACACGUCCAAGAUGUCAGACAGUCCAAGGGCGCAAAAAACUACUUACACGAUCGAUGGCUUACUAGGACUGAAGGCGGAACAGGGAAAUGAUCUAGAUACUAGGUAUAACAGCGACCACUCAUCAACAAUAAGAGGAAAUAAUGAAUCAGCCAUACUAACAGGUGUCAACGAACGAGAAUUGAAAGAAAACGGCGAAGACCUUGACAAAAGUGAAGAAGAACUCGACAGUGAGGAAAGCAAGGGAUCACCAAACACUAAACGUAAACAACGCCGAUAUCGUACAACAUUUACAAGUUACCAACUUGAAGAGCUCGAACGCGCUUUUGCCAAGACUCAUUAUCCAGACGUAUUCACCCGAGAAGCCUUGGCAAUGAAAAUAGACCUUACCGAGGCGCGCGUACAGGUGUGGUUUCAAAACCGACGUGCRAAAUGGCGAAAACGUGAAAAGUCCCAUGGUGUUCGACUACAUGCCCCUUUGGGUUUAAGUAAUCCUCUUAUUCCACCUCCUAUGGSAACGUUCACUCCAGACYUGAGUAGUAAAACCUAUGACUUCAACUGGGUUCCCAACACAUCRAUGCCAAGUUUYCCCGCCUUGAGGCUACCUAUUCAUCCUGCAUUCACAACAUCCAGGUAUAUCCCCCAGCAUCCUACAUUCCAYAGAGAUAUAUACCCAAUGGUCACUCCUCCACUACUAUCUAAUCCACACUUAGCCUUUAAGUGCACCUCUUCACAUGAGAGGGCUGGGGAUUCAACGGGUGAAGGCCAGCAUGACAGCACUGAUAGGCGAACAUCAAGUAUAGCAACACUAAGAAUGAAAGCUAAAGAACACAAUCCCGGUGGAAUUUCAUCUUUUCCUUAAUACACCUUGGUCAAAAGACUUGAACUUCACAUAUCACGGAACUACAAAGAAGACAGAUUUCUGGGAAUGUACAAUCAUAUCUCCCGAGAUACGUCCAACACGUCUGAAAAGAACUGUUUCUUCUGUUUGUAGAGGAAAUUCGGGAUGUCACAAUUUAUGAACUUAGAAUUGCGAGAAAUUCAAACUGUAUCUAUUUAAGAGGAGGGGAAAAUGUAUGAACAGACACCGGCAUUUUGCGCAAAGGCUUGAAGUCACUAAUAAAAUUAGAGUUAGUAAUAUAGAGGUGCGAAGAAAGAGUUUAACAGAAACUUUAGUCUGAUUUUACGGUAAUAUGUUGCUUAUUACUAGGGUUUAGCACUUUGGAAUCGUGUUAUUUGAAAUAGCUGUGACAAAUUAUAUCUUUAACUGCUUUU